AGAGCCUCCACAGGACCGUGAAUGGGUAGAAGGAAGCGGGCUCGCAUCGAUAACCAUUUUCAUAAAACAUCUUUCUUCGUGUGUUUUUCGUCUCUAUAGUUCGGUUUAAUGUAGCCGAACCAAGCCGGAGGAAAGGAUGAAGAUAUGGGAACACUGAGAGAAAGGGUUCAAGUUUCACAUGGAUGUUUUGUCUCUGUGUAGGGGAGUAAAAACGCGGUGGUUUACGUCAGCGCGGCUGUGGACACAAAGCCGACACAGCCUCAACCAGACUCCGUGUAAAAAUCACCACAUUUUGUUCAACUUACAUCCAGUAUGUCCACGACACGAGCUCCGUUUUGUGUGUUUUGAUCGAAACGUCUGCUGUCUAGAGACUCGUUAACCCUGCCCCACGGAAACUAAACCGGCGGGGAACCAGAGGCGAAGGAGGAGGAGGGGGAGUGAGGUCUGUGGAGAAACGAUAGAAAGAUAAAGGAGAAAGGUGUUGGAGGAGUGAGAGAGGACUGCAAGGAGCAACUCCCGUAUUGUUCCGCGUUUGCUCUGCAGCCAGAGAGAGAGAAAGAAAGAAAGAGACACACAUACGGUGGGGUUUGUUUCUUCCAGGGUGCGACAAAAAGCUGAAACACCGUCAAUUCUGGAUUUCUUUAUCCGCUUUCUGUCGUCCAGGAUGAGGUUUAAAAGGAACGGGUCCUAUACGCUAAAUAGGAAGUCAAAGACGAAGCCAAAUGGAAAAAAGCCUCCGGCAGAAGAGAAGAAGCAGUAUUUGGAGCUGGAGUAUACGAAAAUCCGCGUGGUGGACUUUGACCUCAAGGAACUGGUGGUGCUGCCCAGAGAGAUAGACCUCAAUGAAUGGCUCGCCAGCAACACGACGACAUUCUUCAAUCUCAUCAACCUGCAGUACAGCACCAUCUCAGAGUUCUGCACUGGGGACACCUGUCAAGCCAUGACGGCCUGCAACACAAUAUACUACUGGUAUGACGAGAGGGGGAAGAAGACGAAGUGCACUGCUCCACAAUAUGUCGACUUCGUAAUGAGUCUUUGUCAGAAACUGGUCACAGACGAGGAAAUCUUUCCUACAAAAUACGGCAAAGAGUUCCCUAACUCGUUUGAGUCCUUGGUAAAGAAGAUUUGCCGGUACCUGUUCCACGUGCUGGCUCACCUCUACUGGGCGCACUUUAAAGAGACGGUGGCUCUGGACCUGCAGGGCCAUUUGAACACUCUGUAUGCACAUUUCAUCGUUUUCGUAAGGGAAUUCAACCUGGUCGACCCCAAGGAGACCUGUAUCAUGGACGACCUGUCCGAAAUCCUCUGCACCCCUGUCCCGCUACCUGCUCCUGCUCCUGCCCAGGCCCCCUCCACCCCAGCCUCAGCUCCCUCCCCCUCUGCACAAAACCACGUGACGGAGAGAUGAGCAGGGGGGUGGUGGCGAGACAGCAGCCCCGAGGGUGAUAGAAGAUAAGAUAGAGGAGAGAAGGAAAGACAGCCUGGCCCCCAUCCUCGGUGCCAGCAGGACUUAGAGACCUUCCACUACCCUUAUAUUUCGCUACAACACCAACCAACCAGCCGGAAGGAAAGGGGGGAGGGUUAUGGGGGGUUUGGGGUAGCAGGGAGGGGUUUGUCACGCCAGCAGGAAUUGGCGUGAGCGUUCCUCCCAGGGGCAAAUCCCUCUCAUCUUCUCUGCAAUUUAAACUAGGAACAAAAAGUAUGUGUAUGUUUUAUUUUUGGUUUUAUUUCACUUUUAUUUUUUGUUGGAGUUUUCUUCAGUUUUAUUUUUUGUUGUUGGGGGCGGAGGGCUCCUCACCUCCCUCCAUCCUCUGCCUAACAUACAGUACAGGAAGGGGGCUCUGCUUUGCUUCGACCUACUAUUGUACAGUGUUGUUGAUGUGUGGAGAAGAGGCAUCUCUGCUCGCCUGUCGGCUCAUCCUGCAGGCGCAAGGCCACUGCGCCGGCCAGUAGGGAGCCACGUUACUGCCUGACGGGGCGAUACUAGCCAAUCACUGUUUGGGUUGUUUGUGUGCGGGAUGAUUAAAGCGCUUCCUACUCAGGACCUGAGAGAAUACGUCACUGCUGCCAGAGAGAGGUUCCUCUCUUCUUUUCAUUCUCUGUCCCUCAUUCACCAGACUGCUCAGUCCUUCCUAUGAAAGAUCGUGUUUAACUUCAGUAUAGUCACAUAAUCAUCCAGUGUUCUCCCAUUAAACAUGUCCCGAAGCCGACCUGUGGGGGGCAGCAAACAUUGAGAGAAUGCAGAAAUAGGGAGACAGAGAAGAAAAUAUAAAGAUUGUAUGUUAGAUAUUUAAUCUAAUCUGAGAGUUGAUUCAUUGAGAGAGAGACUGGUGCCCGUGUGAGGCUGAAUCACAGCACAGCAGCGGCCCCUAAAACCACCAACACCACCAGCUACACCCACUCCAGCAGCACUGAAGGACAAAGACAUGAGGUAAUGUCUGCAGGCCCAGAGAGGGAGAGAGGGAGACAGAAAGGAGGGGUGGGAGGAGAUGGUGUGGAGCUGCUCUGCUGUUUAACAGUCACCAGUACUCCCAGUGCUAAAAUCUCCACUUCUAUCUUCUUUCGUUCUGACCUGUCCCUUAAGAUUUGCUUUUAAAAAGAUUAUCAGAGGAAAUUAGAUGAGAAAUAACAAAAUAAUGGUAUCAUUACACAUGUAUAGAAAAUGCACAGUCUGCUUGGACUUUACUGUACAAAGAAUCACAAGCGGGUUCUGUCAGACAUAGCCUCUGUAUGGAGGAGGAUUGGGUUUAUAAUUCUCCUUUUUUAUUUAUUUUAAUUCUUUUUUUUGCAGGGUUGUUCAGUUCUGGCUCUCGUUUUUAUGUAUUUUAAUUAUUAACUAAGUUAAAAGCAAUUUAAUAUUUUAAGCUCUGCGGAUUAUAAUCUAAUAAAAGAGAGAAAUGCCA